AUGAAAGGAUUAACAGAUGCAAGAUGUGGCAAGUGCUCUGGAACUGUCGGUGCUGGUGGCUUCAUAGCCAACAAUCGUUUAUGGCACCGUAAUCACUUUCACUGUUCAAUUUGUAAUGAAAAUAUAACUCGAGAGUAUUACGUAAAUAAUGACGGUAAUGCUACGUGUGUCGCGUGCACUCGGAAAGCACCAGAACCUUGUUACAGAUGUGGAUCAGCCAUCAGUGAAACAUAUCUACAAGCAAUGGGACACUGUUGGCAUCAAAAAUGCUUUCUUUGCACUGCUUGCAAGAAGCCUUUUCCAAGUGGGCGGUAUUGGCUUCUAAAUGGAGAUCCUUAUGAUAACGAUUGCUACUGGGGUGCACGACUGGAUGCACAACGUUUGUCAAAGUGA